AUGACAAGGCUUAUAACCGGCGAUCCUAUACCUACACACGAUCUUUGUGAUGCGCUCAACCGUAACAAUAAAAAGAUCGUUCUCCGAGCUGGCGCUGUGCUCAGGCGUCUUCACCCGGCUCAUCCGAAGAAGCAGAUGUACUCGGUCCCAGUCAACAAGUUUACCGCCAAGACCUGCGCACCCAGCGCCAACCUGGUCAGAAUCCGGAGCUGCCUCGACCAGUACCGCACCACUCCAGUCAGGCCUGUCAAGAUUGGACCCAAGGCGGUGUCUAUGGAAGAUUUGACUCCAACAACGAGGAGCAAAAAGGACAGCAGGAAGGAGCCAAAUCUGCCAACGGUUCGUUCCCCCGGGUUAAGCAGCGCAGCUGAGGAGAAAGCAGCGGCCAGGAUCGGCAGGUUCAUGUUGGUGGCAGUUUGGAGACGGCGUCGCGACGACAUCCGUUGCUUGAGGAAGACUCUGGAGUGCCAGGUGACAUGCUCGGAGCGCCUGCGCAUCCAGGUUUGUGCGCUGAAGUCUCUGCUGGACUCCGACAACGCCAAGGUGCGCCUCGCGAUACGCGAAGUGGAGAGGCUAAAGAAGCUGCUGCGGGACAAGGAAAUGGAGAAGGCUGUGCUGGAAAAGGAGAAGUAUGCGCUGGAACAAGAUGUUUGCGCUGCUGAGGACCACGCCUCCGAGAUGAGCGUCGGUUGGCGCAACUGCCGCAAUGAGCUGGAAGGCGCGCGGGUGGCCAACGCGAGCGUUCAGCAGGCGCUGGCGCUGGAGCGAGCUGCCAGCCAGGAGGCCCGGGCACUCUGCGAUCGAACCUUCGAUCAGCUGGCGGCGCUGCGCGAGGAGCUGUCGCAGCGCGAGGCGCAGGCGGCGUGUGCGCAGGCGCAGGCCGCCGCGCUGCGCCGCGACCGCGACGACGAGCUGCGACAGCUGGAGCGCACGCGAGAGCAGCUGGCGCUCGAGCGAGUGGCACGCGAGCGCUGUUCGCGCGAGAGCUCUGCGCUGAAAGUGCGCGUGUCGCUGAGCGCUCGAGAGACGAACGCACUGCGCGCCGCAGUGGGGGAGUUGCGCGCUCAGCUACAGCGAGUGGAGUGCGAGCUUGAAGUCACCCGCGAGCAACUGGACUGGUGGCCGAGGCCGCUCACCAAGAUGCUCGGCGCGGCUCGCUCUUGGCUGCGUCACCCCAUAUCCAUUCGGGAGGCAGUGCUGUGGUCAGUCACACCGGCGCGGCACGGCUGCUAGUGCUAAGCCCGCGACACUACCUAUCACUUCAAAGAAUCAUUAAAACUUACGUAGUCUUUAUGCAAGUACCUAUAGUAUUUUAGAUAUGAAUCAUAUUGUAACAUUAUACCAAUGUAAUAUCUGUUUAUGUGUAUAAAUGACUCAGGAAAUCGGUACGCUGAAAGGUAGUUAAGACUAGUAGAAUUUAUUUUUCAAUUAUUUUGCGGGCGGUUGUACUUCUGGGUGCAUAGGAAAAGGAAAAUGAUUCGACUUUUAUGUAUGAGAUUUUAACGAGAUCUACAUAAGUUAGUAGAUGUUAUUGAUAUUUUUAUAAGUUUUAUCUAUCAAGUUUGGUAAGUAUGUUACAUUUGUUAAAGUUAUAAUCAGUAGAUUUUUAGGUUUUAUGUUUUUCGGGUAUUUUGCGAAACUUAUGUACUAGG